AUGGUUAUUACAACUACAGAUAUGCAGGAGCUACGUGAUGCGGGAGACCAGACCAAAGAUAGCAAGGCACUUCCUAAUGACCCACCUCCAGAAGAGACGCAUGAGGACAACAAGCAUCUGCAGCCAUCUGCAGCAUACUUAAGACCAGACGCAGCUUUAAACCCCACGCAGGGCCACUUCCGUUCCGCCUCAAACAUUCACCGCAGCAUAGGGAAGCUAUCCCACACCCUCCGGGCGAAAUCUCACAGUGCACUCACAACGUUACAAGCACAUUUCCAUUACAACACGCCCCGGUCGCCGCCUGAGCCACGUGGGGAGACUCCUCGUCUUUUUGUAGGGACAUGGAAUAUGAACGCGCGGGUUCCGUCCCGGACAGUCGAUCUAUCAUCAUUCUUGGCCAUCGGCCCCCAAAAAGAUUGCCACCUCAUAGCGAUCGGAACGCAGGAGUGCGAGGAACGCUUAGAGAUCGCCGGGAUUCGGCAACCUAAAGAACGAUUGAAAUGGAUCAAAGCAAUGCGAAGAUACAUAAGGGAGGAGGAUUACGCUUUGGCGGUGACGAAGACGCUAGUGGGACUACAUCUUGCAAUAUUCGUGAAGAGGGCGUACAUCGACCAGAUACAAGCGAUCCAAACAAGCGAACUGAAGGUUUACAUGAACGGCGCAAAAGGCGCGGUCGGGGCGUCGUUUCGAUUUCUGGGUCGUUCUGUCGCAUUUGUAAAUGCGCAUCUUAUGGCGCAUGAGGGGCGUCCAGCAUAUGAUCGGCGUAACGCCGACUGGAACAAGAUAAACGAGACGUUGCUCUCAGGCGAUCAAAACCUAGAAAAAGGCCAACCACUCAGUCUCGCUCAACGGUUCGAUUAUAUCUUCUGGAUGGGAGACCUUAACUAUCGUGCGGACUUCGGGCCAGGGGCAACUGCUUGGGCGAGGGCCUUGCUUUCUGAGGAACCGGCGGACAUCAGGCCAUUCCUCAUCCAUGAUGAGCUUAGAAAGGCUCAAACAUCUGGAAUCAUUUUCCCCGGGUACUCCGAAGCGGAGAUCACGUUUAAGCCAACUUUCAAAUACAACGUGCCGCUCAGUUUGGCAUCCCAGCCAUCGACGCCGCUUUCUUCAACACCACGAACUCCGGUGACGCCGGUACUGGCUCCCGUGACGACGGCAACAACCGAUGAGACCUCUUCUUUGACAACUACAGAACCAGAUGCAUCCGGCCCCACACCUGGGUAUGACAGUUCAAGCAAACAACGGAUGCCUAGUUAUACAGACCGAGUCCUCUUUUCCACUCGUAUUUUGACCACCAAACGAAGCAUACGAGCAACGACUGAACAUCGCCCACCCGACCCGCUGCGGACGGCAUCGCUGCUCGGGGCCGAGCCGUCGUCGCUGGAUACCAAUCUGCCGGCCCCCCUCGGCGCCGGCAAAAACCGUGCAGUGGAAGUCGAAGCAUACACGGAUUGCCCUAGCAUUUUUGACAGCGACCAUAAGCCGGUGUACGGCGUGUACCGCUUGCUCGAAGAAGAGAUUAUACCACCAGUGAAUACCGCGACUUCCGUCCCCGGUAUUCGGCCACAAGACGACCGUCCCAAAAUCAAGCGCUCUAGCCCAGGUUGCUGGCGAUGGUGUAGCCGGAGAACCGGCAAAACGAAGGCAAAAGUCCAGCCAACGUGA